CAGACACGCGCACAGACACACACAGAGAGACACGCGCACAGACACACACACAGAAACGCGCGCACAGACACACACACAGAGACACGCGCACAGACACACACACACAGAGACGCGCGCACAGACACACACACACAGAGAGACACGCGCGCGUAAACGCACAGAGAGACACGCGCACAGACACACACACAGAGACACGCGCACAGACACACACACACAGAAACGCGCACGCGUAAACGCACAGGCAGGACAACACGCGAAUGUGGCAUCCUCCUCCACGCGUUUACCAACCUUCGAACCUGCUUCGCUGCACGCAUGGAAAUAGGCGUCAACUAUUCGGCUUAAGGAGAACACGGCGGCUAAAAUAAGCGGCGCAGUGUUUAUUUGUGUGCGCGUGUAUCUUUUAGCGCACGUGCGUGUGGUGCACGGCACGCGGACGUACUACAUACUGGUGUAUUAACACGAAAUAGGAGUAAUCAUCAGCAGCGGUAACAGUAACAGCGUCGUCAUCCGCAGCAUCAUCACCAUCACCGGCAGCAGCAGCACGAUGAGUGGAGAAGUGAUGUGUAGCGGAUGGCUGAGGAAGUCUCCCCCAGAGAAGAAACUGCGUCGAUACGCGUGGAAGAAGCGCUGGUUCGUCCUGCGCAGCGGCCGCCUGAGCGGGGACGCGGACGUGCUCGAGUACUACAAGAGCGAGAGCGCCCGCAAGCCCAUCCGCAUCAUCAACCUCAACCUGUGCGAGCAGGUGGACUCGGGCCUCACGUUCGAUCGCAAGGAGUUUGAGAAGAGCUACAUCUUCGAUCUGCGCACCAUCGAUCGCACUUUCUACCUGGUGGCCGACAGUGAGCACGACAUGAAUAAGUGGGUGCGCUGCAUCUGCGACGUCUGCGGAUUCAACUCCACGGACAGUGAUGACGUGGUGAAGGUGCAGCACCCGAUGGCAGCGCCGUCCGGCUUGGGCCCCCACGGCCACCACCUGGGCGGUCCGCCGCCGCCGUCGCUGCUCACGUCCCAGCCUCGGCUGCUGCCGCAGCGGCAGGGCUUCUCCUCCCACGGGCCGCCGCCGUCGUCAUCGUCGUCGGCCUUCUCGGGGUCCCUGCCGCCCAUGUACGCCCCGCAGCCCGUGCCGGUGCCCCUCGCCGGCGGGGCCCGUGGGGACCGGUGGCCUACGGCCGUGCCGCCACCGCCGCGCGGCUGCGCAGGAAGCGACGACGACCAGAGCGACUACCUGUGCCUCACGGAGUUUGAGACGGCCAAGCGCAGCGUCGCACGUGCCAAUCCGGAUGGGGCGUCAGAUAGUGAGGAGGAGGAAGAGGAGGAAGACGAUUACCUUCUGCUGGAAGAUUUUGUAACCAAAACCCCCGAGGGGCAAGCAGACCGCGCGUGUUCGGAGCAACAGUGGAAGGGCUGCUCGGAGACUGACUGCAAUGACAACGUGGCGUCCCACCACUCGGCCGCCUCCUUCUCCUCCAACGGCGUGGGGCCUCCGUCGCGCUUCCACACCCCCCCGCCGCGCCCGCCCAAGUCCACGUCCUCCUCGUCCUCCUCGUCGGGCUACUCGUCCGACCCGCGGGGUCACAGGGUGGCGUCGGACGGAGACGCCUUCCCGUCGGUGGCCCCGGCGCUGCCGAUGGGCACUGCGACUCAGAGGAGCCACACCAUCUCCGUGAUGGAGAACAUGCGCGCGCACCGUGCCGGGGGCAACCGCGAUCUGUUGCCCAGAGACGUCACCACAUUUGCCGACCCAGCUGAGAGUAAAUAUCCGGCAGACGACGACUCGGACUCGGAGGACAACUACGUGGCGAUGAGCGGGAGCUCGCCCACUCCCCCCCGCACCGCCCGCGACAACGGGGUCGCCCCCUCGCCCCUGCUCGCCGCCCCGCUGCUCGACUCGCCACACGACAACUACAUUCCCAUGAGCCCCGGGCUGGGGGAGGUGAGCGCGUCGCUGGGUGCGAAGGUCCCUCCGCCGGUGCACACGGGCUUUCGCUCCGCGACGCCGUCCUCCUCCUCGUCGUCCUCGUCGUCGUCCGCGGGCUCGUCGGCCUCGCUCCCUCCCGGCCUCUCCUCCACGCUUCCUCGCCGGGUGCCGCCCCCACCGACGGCGCUGCCCCAGCGUCCCGCUUCCACGAUCCCGAACCAACGCACAGCGACCCCGCCGGCUCACGUGCAGCAGCAGCAGCAGUCGCCGCUGGGCAGGAAUUCCCCGUCGCUGAAGCACCAUCCCCGCGGCACGCCGACGAUGACGCCGCCUCUCCAGCUGCGGCCCCUGCCCAGCAUCGUCCCCAGUCCCCAGCAGCAGAGGGCGGCCAGCUCGUCGAGUCCCGUGCUCUCCAUGCAGCGCCCGCCCGUCAACCGCGAGCUCAAGCCCGACAGGAAAGUCAAGCCUCCGCCUGUGGAUCUGCCAGAUCUGUGCAUGGUGGCUCCAAUUCACUCCCCGGAAUCCAAGAGCUUCUCUCGGCCAGACACGUUCCGCUUCUCCUCGAGCCCGCGCCCGCGGCCGCCCUCCACCCACAGCACCACGUCCAGCUCGGACUCGCAGGACAGCGAGGAGAACUACGUGCCCAUGCGGCCAAACCAGCCGUCGGAUAACAUGCCCAGCGCGGGUUCAAAGGCUGCAGUGGUGUGUGCUCCUCCAACUGAUGGAAUUGCUCCCUGUUCCGGAAUGAAGAAGGUGGAAUACCUGGCCUUGGACCUACAGCGGAGCACGUCACCGAAUCCUCCACGCAAGCAAAAGUCGACGGUGAUGGUGGCCGUGGUGCCCUCCGAGAGCCGCGUCGACUACGUGGAGGUGGACCAGGAGAAGACACGGGCACUGCAGAGCACGCGCCAGGCCUGGACCGACGUGCGGCAGUCGUCCGAGUCGGAGACGCCCGCCAAAGCGUUCUCCAGCAAGUAGCACGCGCCGCCGGUGAAGGCCAGCCCGCAGCCGUCUGGUUUCUUGUCUUCUCCUACUUGAACUUGGAAACUAACAGCACUGCCGUUUGUAGAAGAGAGCGAGGAAGCUUGGGAAGAGGGCGGCGGUGGCAGGACGUGCAGCUGAGCGAGCGAGAGAGAAGGCCGAUCAGAGCUGAAAGUUGUGGCCUUGCCUUAAAGACUACGCGUUGUCCAUGAGGAUAUGAAUGGUGGUGUCUGACCUGAGUUUAGAACCACUUGCUCUGCGUUGCUCAGAUUUGUUGUCCUGGUGUUUGGGAGGCUGAGGACAAGAGUCCUUGGACUUGAACUUUAAUACGGAGGUCGUUUUUCCUUCGAAGGACUUUUACAGUAAGUCAACUGGCCUGACAUCGCACACAAGCCUUGGUCUACAGAGGCAAAGACAACAAAUCAAUGCCCAAGAGGUAACUUUCUCACGCAGACAUGCUGUUUAAAAAAAAUUCUACUCGUGGUUAUAUAAUUUAGUUAUUUACGGUUUUAAAGUGUGAAAAUGUACUCUCCCAAUGGAAAGAAUCGACCUCGUGUUGACCAUCGGAGAUAUAACUGGUACCGUGAGUAUUUUUUUUUUCUUUACUCAUACUUUAGAUUGAUAGGUUUUAUUCUGCACUUGAACUAAACAAUUAAACCUGCACGCUGAGUCCUGGUUUUAAAAUAACCACUGCCAAGUAUUUUCCAACCAGAUAUGUGUAGCCUGGUCCACCCUGCCCCUCUCCUCUCGCGAAUCCUAACGAAGUCAGCUAAAUAGACAAUAAAAAUAAUACAAUUCGAAGACGAUGAGUAGAUGCUCCGCGUUGUUGUUCCGUCCUCCUGAGGCGUUGGCAACUCCACAACAGCCGAGCACCCAAGAGGUUCGUGAAUUGGAAAAACUUUAUUUCAAAGUGUUCUUCCGAAGGGCAUUAAAAUUGCGUAUCCGCAAUAAUGACCAAACAUGCCCUCCACGUCACAACGCCGCAGCUCAAUCUCUCAGAACGGAAUUCGCCAACAUUUUUAUUGGGGGUGUGCCCUGUACUCUGCAGCGCACGUGGGGCUCUGGGUCCUAACCAGAGGUCGCAAACGGGUUUUGAUUCCUUACCCGUACCCGUACCCGGCCGCACCAGGGUCGCAAAUGGGUACCCGUACCCGUGCCGGGUACCCGUUCCCUACCCGUACCAGUACCCUACCCGAAAUGAGUGACAAACGGUUACUCACCAGUGACUCACGGCCUACCCGUACCCGUACCCGGCCGGGUACGGGUAGCCGGGUAUCGGGUAGGGUACGGGUAUCGGGUACCCGGUUGCGACCUCUGGUCCUAACCCCCUGAACACCAUUGACUUUCCUUAAAAUAAAAGAACGCACCUGGCUUACCCCUAGCUAUGACAGCUGUGAAAUAUAAUACAAAAUAGGUUCCCAUAUGGUGUAGAGUGCACAAUUAUACGUGCGAUUCAUUACAGGUAAGCCUACACCGGCGACAUAUGCAAAAGGCAUUGUCAUAUUCUUUUUGCAACUUUUAUUUUGGAACUCAUUUUUAUCGCGCAUCGGGAACAGAUUGUGGAAUAAAAGUAAAGAGGGGGGAAAAAUAAAUGUUUUUGAAUUGAUGGUUGAAUAUCUUUGGUCGUUGUGACGUGUUAGCAAUUAUUAAAUAAUAACAAUGCAUUUACUUAAGGGUGCCUCAAUUUUACAGACUUUAGCAGUGCCCGACAACACAGGACAGUUAUAGUUUUUGCUACUCAAGCGUAAAAAAGUCUGCGUGUGUGUGUGUAACAAUGAAGGUUCAAAUGCCCUUUAUGUAACUAUCACUCUUCCAUUAUGGCAUGGUAAACGUGUGUGCAUUGCGGAGACGUUUAGGGGAAUAUUUUUCAUUUUCUAUGAAUCUGCCCCCCCCCCCCCCUGUUUUCUAUGAGAAAAGUUUGAAGAUUGUGGAUUUUUGUUGUUGUAACCUCCAUGCGGUUUGUUAUCCCCCGAGGUGAGACAUAACCGUGCCGUCGUAGCAAACGCGAAGUAUUGGAGUGGAGAUUAAUUAUUUGUCGAAUUGUCUUUGUGUUGAGGCAACUAUCAUAAGUCAAUGCCAGUCACGUGUUGGCUAUACAUUUGCUAACGAUGUUUUUUUUUUUGCUGAUUGCUAAUUAAAGUGUUUCUGUGCGUUUUGUUUGUUUCAAAGUGGACAACUCCAAAAAGCUAUUUUGUGUAACUACAUACCCAGUCACUAUUUAAAUAGAGACACAGGUACAUCUAAAGGGAUAUGUGAUGCAUCAUUUCAAACAGGUUCAUGAUGAGGUAUAGAUUGAUUUAUCACAGACUUAGGAACGAGUUCGGUUCCAGAGGUCUGUUCGUAUGUCGAUUUGUUCGUAAGUCCAACUUUACUUCUGUCGAUUCCAAACAUGUUGAACAGCAUGUACGCUAAACACGGGGAAUGGCUUUAAAAGUUGUAUAAUCUCUUGUAGAUGCCACCGGUUCUUCAUGUUCUGCAGAUGUAGACGCCACUGGUUGUUCAUGUGGCAUCUACAUGACAUACGGGACAGGUUUGUUUGUAUCUCUGAAAGUUCGUAAGUCCAAUAUUCAUAAGUAGAGGACCCCACCUGUUCCCUAUGUGUGGUAUACAGCGUUGCCCCCUCGCAUUCGUGGGCUUUGGGUGCUCCGGUUUCCUCCCACAUAAAAAAAAACCUCAUGAAUUGGCUGAGAACACCUUCAUAUAUAAAGGACCGCAGAGCUUGGGGUGGAGGGAAUUUGGCAGCAGCUCACCCACAUGGCUGUUGCCUUCCCCGCUUGUCCUGGGGUUCAUCGCGCCUUGGGAGUCGUUAUCUUCCGUCGCGAGUAAGCAAACACUGUGCAGCGCGUAAUAACUCGAAAUUAUGAAUGUGGUGAAUAUCAGCUUGACAUUGAUUGUUGAUAUUUAACCACAUUCAAAUAUUUCAUAUUAAAAGGAAAAGAUAAAAAAGUAAAAGUGAAAGCACAGCCUCUUAAGCACUAAACAUGUCUUUUUACACUUACACUUUUGUGGGAAAUGUCACGAUUCACGCAUGUUACAACGUUGAAGGUUUACAGUUUUUAGAUCAUGCUACUUGUGAUACAAGAUUAGUGGUCGUGUGAGUCCUGGGUGUCGUAUGAAUUAUACACGUGUUUCCUCUCACUCCUGUGUUCAUAACUGUGUACAAGCGGCCUGCAGUGCCAGUGGCAUAGAGGGCUGCAACUUAAAUACUAAACGUUCGUGACGAUAGCGCAGGACUGAUAAUGGUGGCUUGUAGAGCAUUACAGGUAAAGUCGAAAUUUAAUUCUUUCAUGAUGGACAGACUAAUCUGAAUUCUGGUAGGAGUCACUCGAUGCUUUAACUAAGUUUAUUAUUUGGUGCUCUGCCUUAACCUUUGGCUUCUCCGCACUUAUCUGGCCCCAUGCCCACAAAUCCCUCCUUUAGUUCCUCCCCACAUCCCAGUCCUCGGCAAUCUUCUUUGUUCGUGUUCCCCUCCAUUCUUCAUUCGACGACGUCUUCAUCAACCCCCGUGCCCUCGGAGAUUGCGAGGGCACGGGUUGAAUGCAAGGGCACCUCAGAUUGGUACGGUUGGACACGUACGGUGCGAAAGAAGUUCAACAUAGUACAUAAAUACGUCGAAUGGUGUCUUCUUUCUCCUUCCGAGGAACUUCCAUUGUUCUUUUUGUUGAUGUCAUUCAAGAUCUCUUAAUUGAUCAUCUUCUCUGUCCAGGUCACUCUCUGCAUCCAUAUCCACAACAGAAUGCACGAAACGAGUUUUUAAGUGUUUUCUCUGCAACAUAAAACUGGAAUCACGAUUUCUUAUUCUUCGUCCGGGCAGGGUGCUAACGUUUAUAAGCCACACAAGGCACACACGUGACCUUACCAAGACAACGCUCUCUCCAAAUCUACUACAGCAUGACUCUGCAGAUGUGCAGGUGUACGGUAGUUAACCAGCGGUUUGAGCUGCCGGUGUAUGAAGUCUGCUUUUGGUGCAGUUUGAAAAUGUUUUGUUGUUUAGGGAACUUACUUUUCUGUCCAGAAAAAUAGUGCAACAGCCUUGACAUGAAUGAUCCCGAUAGGUUUCUGUAAAGGCUGGCUUGUGGGGACGAACACUUUAUUAUUAAAAGCAAACAUUGGGCAACAAACACGAGUGUCUAAAUGUGACCACACCUCAAGACGACGUACAAAAUGCCGACACGUGCAUGUUAGUAUAUUGUGGGGAAAGGGAUGAUGAAUUUUCGUUCCAUAAAAAGUGAUGUAGAGUUAUGGAGAAAGCCAAGCUGUGGAAAGUGAUUUCAGUGCUGAUCAAAACAUUUGGACAAGUAUAAAGGGAUGGAACUUCCAGAGGGUUUCCAUGAAGGAGAUACGAAAUCAGCUCUUGUACAGGUGCUAGAUGGAUCGCUGCAUCGCAAGACCGUGAAAGAUGGGUGUAGCUUGAGGAGGCAUUCAUCCAAGUGGGACUGAUCAAUGAUGAAUCAUCAGAGGUCUUCAGCCUCGACUUGAAAAGAUGGAGUGAGCAGUGCAGAGAGAUGCGUUUGACAGUGGGGGCAGCAGCAGAGAUGGAGUGACCACUCUUUAAACGAAGUUUAAAUGUUAACUCUCGCAAGCCUUCGCCGGUGACACUCAACAUUUUAUGGUCAGCAGUGGACAAAACAGCAGCUUUCCCAAGCUGCUUUCAGACUCUUGCACAUGUGCUGAGAUGCCUGCUGCUGAUAGCACAACUUGUCAAAAUGAGUCCAGCCUUGCCCAGCAAUCAAGAUAAGCUUCCCAAGGGAUUGCCACAGAGACACGAACAGCAAUGAAUUUAUUAGCGCUGAGCUUGGAAAAGCUUGUCUGGAUAUGGGUGAGCAGUAUUAUGGUAUAGGUGCAGAGUUUGAUAUUGUUGAUGGUAAUUGAGUUGUUUAUGUACGAGUUGCCUUCUUUUUAAGAUACUUUGAGCACAUGUAUGCAGUUACAUAUUUAUUGUCCACUUUGAUGUGUUGCCAUUAAGCUGAAAUAAUGCCAUCAAUAAAAUGCAAUGUUUGCUUUUUUUUAAAGAACAA